GGAAAUAGCAUUAUAGUUUUUAUAAAGAUUUAAAUAGUUAUUUUUUUGAUUUUUUUUUUUUUUUUUUUGAAUCUAUUUUUCUUUCAAUCUUUUUUUUUUUUUUUUUUUUCUAAUUUAUUAAAAUUGGUAAAUUAUAAAAUAUAAUAAUAUAAAUAAAUAAUAAAAAAUGGAUAUGGCAGAUGAUUUCACUUACAACUAUUGGAAUAGUAACAAUAGAAGUCAAUCAAUUCCAAAUGAAAUCUUAUUGGAAGAAAGAUACAACAGAAAAUUAAAUAACGGUUUUAAUGUUUAUUUAAUUGUAAAAAAAGACCAAUGGCAAAAGUAUGUUGAUAUUUCCGGUGGAAAACAAUCAAACAAUAACCAAAGUGCUGGUGACCAAACGGAAUCUAAAUACACAACCAUGGAUGGACAAUCAAGAUAUAAUAGAACUUUUGUUGAAUGGAAUGGAAACAACACCGUUACAAUCACCUUUAAAAAAACAGGGUUCCUAGGUAAAAUAGAUACCAUCCAUACCAUUUCCAUUCCUUUAGCUGAAAGAAAAAACUUUACAAAUAGAGAACUUUACGUUUAUUGGUGUGAUUCCCCAAUUGGCUUUUACGAUAACAUUGAUUUAAGAGUUAAAGAAGAAGAUUUAAUAUUUUAUUAAAUAAAAUAUUUUUUAAUAUUUUUUUUUAAUUUUCUAAAAUUUUAAUUAAUUUAUUUUAUAAUUUUUUAUAAUUAUAAAAAAAAAAAAAAUAAAAAAAUUAAUUUUUUAUUUUAUUGUUUUUUUU